AUAAAUUACUUUGUUCUAAGAUGAAUCAGAAAAUAUCUAAAAUAAAUAAAUAAAACAAUAGUCAAAUAAAAUGGAGUUCUCUCUAAAACCUUCAGCUUUAAAGAUGACUCGGACAAGUUUUGUCAUAGUAGUAGUUUUAGCAAUAUGCAGUUUUCAGAUGAUGGAAUCAUCUCCAGAUUUAGCCAACAAGGUGAAGGCAAAUAAUAUUCAAUAUGACGCGAUUAAUUGUCGAAAACAUAGCGCAGUUAUAACCGAAUUUGGAGCUGUGGGUGAUGGAAAAACAUCAAACACAAAAGCGUUUAAGGAAGCCAUUACCAAGCUUGCUCCUAAGGCGGCCGACGGUGGAGUGCAGCUCAUUGUUCCACCCGGAAAAUGGCUCACCGGAAGUUUCAACCUGACCAGCCAUUUUACUUUGUUCAUUCAGAAAGAUGCAACUAUUCUUGCUUCUCAGGAUGAAUCUGAAUAUCCAGUGGUUGCACCAUUGCCAUCCUAUGGACAAGGAAGAGAUGCAGCUGGGCCAACGUUCGCUAGUUUAAUCUCUGGCACAAACCUAACUGAUGUUGUUAUCACCGGUAACAACGGAACAAUCAACGGACAAGGAAAAUACUGGUGGGUGAAGUAUCGAAGUGGUGGAUUUAAGAAUAUCACGAGACCUUACACACUCGAACUCGUGUUUUCUAAAGACGUUCAAAUCUCGAACAUCACAAUCGUCGAUUCGCCUGCAUGGAAUAUUCAUCCAGUGUAUUGCACUAACGUCAUCGUUAAAGGCGUUACCAUUCUCGCUCCUAUCGAUUCUCCUAACACCGAUGGAAUCAACCCUGAUUCAUGCACCAACACAUUGAUCGAAGACUGUUUCGUAGUCUCCGGAGACGACUGUAUCGCCGUCAAGAGCGGUUGGGAUCAGUUCGGUAUCAAAGUCGGAAUGCCAACUCAGCAACUCUCUAUCCGAAGGCUCACAUGCAUCUCUCCCGACAGUGCUGGAAUAGCACUCGGAAGUGAAAUGUCCGGUGGAAUCAAAGACGUUAGGAUGGAAGACAUAACGUUGCUUCAGACACAAUCCGCUAUCCGAAUUAAAACAGCUGUUGGUCGUGGAGGUUACGUUAAAGAUAUCUUUGCUCGAAGGUUCACAAUGAAGACAAUGAAAUACGUUUUCUGGAUGAGUGGUGCUUAUAACCAACACCCUGCUUCGGGUUUUGACCCCAAGGCUAUGCCCGAGAUUACGAAUAUUAAUUACCGUGACAUGACCGCCGAUAACGUUACGCAGCCCGCUAGGCUCGAUGGGUUCACCAACGAUCCUUUCACCAAGAUAUGUAUGUCGAAUAUAAACAUUGUUUUGGCUGCUGAGCCCAAGAAGUUGCUGUGGAAUUGUACGGCCAUCUCCGGAGUUUCGAGCAAGGUGACGCCAAAACCGUGUAGCUUGUUGCCGGAGAAUGCUCCCGUCGACUGUGCUUUUCCGAUCGUCGAUCAAUCACCAUCGUCGAAUCUUUUGCUAAGACCUCGAAUCCGAGACAAUCCCAAGUCAUUGAGUUGAAAAAUGGUGUUGAUCGAAAGCGAAAGCGAUGAUGAAAUCUCCGUCACAGAAGUACCAAAUCCAUCGGCUUCUUCCUCGUCGCCUCCCAAAACAACUGAUGCGAAAAUCGUCGGCGGAGAUGACUCCGACGGGUUCGAAACCGCCAGCGAACGUGGAGUCAGCGAUUACGAAGAAGAUGAGGAAGAAGGUGAUAGGAAACAAGACGCGGUAGAGAAUCAGGAGCCACAGCCGUCGGAUAGCCCUGAGAAGAAGGAAGAUCAGGUCGAGGCCGUUACCGAUGUUAAAUCAAAUCAGAAGGAGAAAGCGUUGGAAGAUGCAAAUGAAGCUAAAAAGGAAGGAAACAAGCUGUUUGGAGAUGGUCUUUACGAAGAUGCAUUGUCAAAGUAUGAGCUUGCGUUACAGUUUGCUCAGGAGUUUCCUGAAUCGUUGGACCUUCGAUCUAUCUGCCAUUCAAACAGAGCUAUAUGUUAUCUCAAAUUGGGUAAAUAUGCAGAAGCAAUCAAGGAAAGCACAAAAGCGAUAGAGCUGAAUCCGAGCUACACUAAAGCAUUGGUUCGUCGUGCAGAAGCUCAUGAGAAGCUUGAACAUUUUGAAGACGCCCUCACUGACUUGAAGAAGAUAUUAGAACUGGAUCCUUCAAAUGGUCAGGCUAGGAAAUCGAUUCGGCGUUUGGAACCAUUGGCGGCUGAAAAGCAAGAAAAGAUGAA